AUGAUUCCCUCCAUUGCUCUUGUGGCCCUUGCUGCCAGCCCGGCCUUCGCCGGUGUGAUGCAGGCUCGUGGUGAGGACUUUGUCCGUCCCGUCGAGCACCACUCGUCGGAGCACCACUCGGUGUCGACCACCCCGUGCACCACCUCGACCACCACUCAGCCGACUACCAGCACCACCACCACCCACCACAGCACCACCCCGUGCACCACUAGCACCAAGUCGACCACCACCCACCACAGCACCACCCCGUGCACCACCAGCACCAAGCCGACCACCACCACCACCAAGCCGGUCACUACCCACACCACCUCCACUCAUGUGAAGCCCACCACCAAGACCAUCACUGUUGUGACCACCUCUUGCCCUGUCACCUCCACGGUUGUCAGCUCUGGUUCCCACACCUUUACUGUCCCUGUCACCGAGACUAGCACCAUCACCCAGACCAGCACUGUUGUCUGCACCGAGUGCGAGAACAUCCCCACCAUCAUCAACAAGGUCUCCAGCUCGGUCCCCAGCUCGGCCCAGUCCAUCCCUGUUAUCCCUGCUCAGCAGACCACCGCCCCCGCUCAGCAGGCAUCUGCUCAGCCCUCCCAGCCUGCUGCUGCCUCCCCCGCUCAGCCCGAGCAGCCCGCUGCCUCUCCUGCUCAGCCUGAGACUCCUGCUGCCUCUCCUGCUCAGCCCGAGACUCCUGCUCAGCCCAAGACUCCUGCUCAGCCCGAGACUCCUGCUCAGCCCGAGACUCCUGCUCAGCCCCAGACUCCUGCUGCCUCUCCCGCUCAGCCCGAGACUCCUGCUCAGCCCGAGACCCCUGAGACCCAGCCCUCCACCCCCGCUCAGCAGAACCCCAGCACCAGCUCCGUCCCCUUCCAGGGCGCUGCUUCCAACACCAAGCCCGUUGCUGGCCUCCUGGCCGGUGUCGUCGGCCUGAUGGCUCUUCUGUAA